UGAGCAAAAUAUAAAUCUGACCCAACAUCUCUGAGUCCUGGACUCUGCUUCGAUUCAUCUUGAAGAAAGAGGUUCACUGCUGCUGGUUGCAUCUCCAGGAACACAAUGGCAAGACUCCUCACCGCUCUGGGCAUUCUGCUCAUGCUGCACAUUGCCUCAUCCAGUAAACUGGUGUGCCACAUGACCAACUGGGCCCAGUACAGGCCUGGGGGAGGCAAAUUCACCCCAGCCAAUGUGGAUCCCUUCCUGUGCACGCACGUUAUCUACUCUCUAGCCACCAUCAACAGCUUCAACCAGCUCAGCCCCAUCGAGUGGAACGAUGAGCAGCAGUAUGGCAGCCUCAACAGCCUCAAGAAUGUCAAUCCUGCUCUGAAGACUCUGCUGUCUGUUGGAGGCACAGUCAAUGGAAUGAGCCCAUUCAUCUCCAUGGUUGCCAAGCCUGAGAGUCGAGCAGCCUUCAUCAGGUCAGCCAUCAGCUACCUGCGUACCCAUAACUUCGAUGGCCUGAACCUGGCCUGGGAAUAUCCUGGACACAACGGCAGCCCACAGACAGACCGAGAGAGGUUUUCUCUGUUGGUUCAGGAGCUGUCCAAGGCCUUUGAGGAUGAUGCCAAGGAAAACAGGAUGACUCAGCUACUACUGUCAGCCAGCGUUGCUGCUUUCCGCCCCACCAUUGACAAAGCCUACGAGGUCAACAAGAUUGCACUUCACUUUGACUUCAUCAACGUCAUGACCUAUGACUUCCAUGGAAGCUGGGAGGCAGCUACCGGACACAACAGCCCACUGUACCCCAGCCGUGUGGAUUCUGGCUCACACAUUCAUCACAACAUUAACUCUUCUCUAUCCCACUGGCUGUCUCUGGGAGCACCAGCUGAGAAGCUGCUGCUGGGCUUCCCCACCUACGGACGAACCUACCGCCUUAGCACCGGUGCCACUGGCCUUGGAGCACCAGCUAACGGCCCGGCAGAUGCUGGACCCUACACUCGUACUGCUGGCUUCUGGUCCUAUUAUGAGAUCUGUGACUUCAUCCCCAGUGCUACUAUUGGAUGGAUCUCUGAACAAAAGGUUCCUUAUGCUACCUAUGGGAGUUCAUGGGUGGGCUAUGAUGACAUGAGAAGCUAUUCUUCCAAGGUCCAGUGGAUGACCACCAACAAUCUGGGAGGUGCUCAUGUAUGGACUCUGGAUAUGGAUGACUUUGGUGGAUCCUUCUGCUCAUCUGGAGCUUAUCCUCUCAUCAACCACCUCAGGAUAUCAAUGGGCUUCCCCCCAAAGCCCACCACCACUCCAGCCCCCACCACAACCAGGGACCCUGUGGCAGAUUUCUGCAGAGGCCGCCCCGAUGGACUGUAUGAGAACACAGCUGAUAAGACCACGUACUUUCAGUGCUUCCAAGGAAACACCUACCUGCAUCGCUGCCAGCCCGGCCUCAUCUACUGGGACUCCUGCAAGUGCUGCAACUGGCCAUGACCCAUAGAAACAUUAACUACAAACACACACUCCAAACAAAUUCCUUGAAUUUAUUAAUCUGUAAAAGCCUUUCACAUUGUGUCAAAUUGCACUGAUCAACCUCAUGGGUUACAGCUGGAACCUGCUUUCCAAAAAUAAUAAACAAAACUUACAUGA